AUGGCUUCUAUUGGAAUUGCUGUCGUUGACGAACCUAUUAUCGAUCUGUGCCAACUUCGUGUUGAUGUUCCUAGCCUACGAACAUCGAGGUAUGGCCUCAACCUGUCAUCUCGUUUUCUGGAUCUAUUUGCUCUAGCAAAUGAAUCUCUGCAGGAAGGAGAGAUAUCUCAUACGUUGUUGAUCACAUGCGACGAUUCUGCCAUAGAUUUCACUACGACGUCUGCCGAGUCCGUCUUUCGGAGGUACCGAGCUGUUGGAUAUCAGCGUCUCAUCACCGUGCAUGCUAUACCACAAAACUUGUUUCCCAUCAGUAAAGGCCUUCAUGCGGAACAAGUCUGGGGCGUUGUAUCUUUACCAGUCCAAUAG